AUUAUUAAAAAUAAAAUAUAUAUAUAUUGUAUGUGAUUAUUUAUAUAAUUAAAGAAAAUUAUGUUAUGUGAUUUAUAUAUCAAAAUUUAUAUAUAAAAAUAUACAGAGAAAAUGUAUUAGGCUAAUUUAUAUGAUUGAAGAUAAUUUAGACAGGAGAUAAGUUUUACUCACACAGAUAGUAAAGACGUGUUCAUGGGUCACAGAGAUAGACAGCAAAGGUCAUCUCUUGACUUCUAUGAACUCAGUUUACUUUUGUUAAGCUAUUAUUGCACACCAUGAGAUUCACAGAUUUUAAUCAUGUAUUACAAAUAGUAAUGUACAAACCAAAGGAAAUCAUAUUUCUAUUUUUCUUACUUUAUAAUAAUCAUGUUACAAAUAGCAUAUUUCAAUCAGGAAAAGAAUAUAUAUAUUCAUAUAAUGCUCUUUCAAGUUCUGGUGUUUUGUUACCAUCUGGUGCAUCAUCCUCAUGGGGUUUUAAUGGAAAACUUAAAAUUCAAGCAGAAAAAAAUAUUGCAAUAAUGCAGUUUGAAUCAUUGAAAAUGACUAUAUGGAAUGGUAAAAUGCAAGAACAAGGAGAAAUUCAAGAUAUUCCUGAAGAUGUGGCUGAUUUGCUAAAACCUUUUCAAAUCAUAUACAAAAAUGGUCUUAUUGAAAAUUUUACUACAGAAGCAACAUCACCAUGGUCUGUAAACAUAAAAAGAAGUAUUGCAGGAAUUUUACAAUUAGAUCUAUCCAAUUUACAAAAAGAAGCAGCUUUUCAUUCAACUGAAAGAAAUCAUUAUGGACAAUGUAAUAUUGAAUAUGUUGUUAAUCCUGAACAAAAAAAUGAAUGGUUAAUAAGAAAAUUUUUUGAUCCACGAACUUGCAUUGGACAUCCUCAUUAUACUUGGUCAAAUGUUCCUAAUAUGUUAUGUCCUAAUGGUGAUCAAAAUCCAAUUCUAAAGUCCAGUGAAAGAUUAUAUAAAAUUAAGGUAAAUGGAUCCUUAAAUGAUAUUUUAUUUGUUAAUGCCUCUGGAGGUAUUUAUGUCCAACCUUUUCAAAGUUUUGGAGAAGCUCAUUUUCAUUUUACAAGACAAAUUUUUAAAUUAAUUGUGGUAAAAAAUACAGUAAAUAAAAUACUUACUGAAAACUUAUAUUUCAAAGUUCUACAACAUGAACUUCCAGAAGUUGAUCUCACCCAAGGCAGAGGUACUCUUGAUAAGAAUACUGUUUUUAAAUCUAUAGGGAGUUUAUUAGAUCGAUUAAGUCAAAAACUUGAAAAUCCUGGUUUAGAUACAGAAACUGAUAAUUUACAUAACACCACAAUUACUGUAUUACUUUAUUACCUUGGAAUGUUAGAUAUUGUUGAUUUGCGUAAUGCAUAUACAAAAAUUUCAGGAACAAGUUACAAAGAAGAAACAAUACGAAAUAUGUUUCUCGAAGCUCUUCCACAAAUUGGUACUAAAGAAGCCGCAUUAUUUAUAUUAGAAUUAAUUCAGGAUAAAAAAGUUUCGGAUAUGUCUGCAAUUCAACUUCUUACUCAAUUACCAUUUCAUAUACGAAAACCUGAUGUUCAAUUAUUAGUAAACUUACAAAUAUUUUUAAAUUUACCAGAAAAAAUUUCUAUUGAAGUUCAAAAUACUGCCAUUCUUACAUAUGGCACAUUAAUUUAUAAAACUUGUUUAUUAUAUUGUCCAUAUGAAAUGCUAGAUGAUUAUGUACGUUUAUAUCUCGAUAAAUUUACAGAGACAAAGGAAUAUGAAAAGAAAAUGAUUUGGUUAGAAGGAUUAGCAAAUAUACAAUUAGGAAGAGUAGUUGAAUUUUUAGAACCUAUCGCAAGUGGUAACAAUGCAGAAUCGCGUCAUUUUCGUGUUCUUGCUGCAUGGGCAUCACUUUCAACUGCACCUUUAAGACCUGAUGUUAUAUAUCCUGUCUAUUGGCCAAUUUUAAUAAAUAGAACUGAACACUUAGAAAUGAGGGUAGCAGCAUUGACAUUACUUAUUGUUUCUAGUCCUACACCAAGCAGAUUAAUAUCAUUAUAUUGGUACAUGCAAAGUGAACCUAGUCAACAUUUAUAUAAUUAUUUUUAUACUAUUUUAAAAUCUAUGGAACGUACCACUCAUCCCUGUUAUGUUCAUAUAGGCAUGAUAGCUGCACAGUUUACACGAGUACUUCAUCCAACUAAAAAUCAAUAUUUAAUUACUGGUAAUUAUUUAUUUGACUAUCAAGAUACAUAUAGAAAAUUUGGUGCAAUGAUACAUGGUAUUGUGAUUGCUAACCCAUUAACAAAUAUACCUGAGGUUUUAUAUAUAACUUUAAAUACUUAUGGAAGUGGAAUCAAUAUUAAUCAUGUAUCUUUAUAUAUUAAAGCUGAAGGUCUUUUACAUUCAUUAUCAACACAUCUAGAUGGUCCAACACAAGUAAAGGAUAUAUUAAAAAAAUUUAAAUUAGAUCAAAAACAAAGUGGAUCUGUACAUUUAGAAAUUAUUGCACGUAUUCAAGAAAAAACAGUUUUAUGUCUUCAUCUUAAUGAAACUAAUAUUAUUAAAGGAUUUAAAUAUCUUUCUUCUUUGCCUGAUAAUAUAUAUAAUAUAUACCAAAACAUGGAGUUUCAUGUUAAUCAACAACGUAUUAAUGUUCCAUUAACAAUAGAAUCAGUACAGGUUACAGAUCUAGGAGCAAAUGUUAGACUUGCAAUCAUUGCAACAUCAUUAUUCUCCAUGAGAGGCAAUUUUACACAUAUUUCAAUUGGUCGUAAUAAUCAUGUUAUAUUACGAACAUCUAUUCAUAAGUCAGAAAUAAUAGAAAAUUAUAAUCCUUUCAUUGAUACAUGGCAUAGUGCAGAAAGAGUACACUCUAUUCAUGGAUACCUUCCAGUCAACAUCACUCUUGGAUUUGAAAAUCGUCCAUUUAUUUCAUAUAAUACACCUGGAGAACAUCUUAAAAUGGGUAUUACAGCUCAUGCUAGAACAACAACUAAUAUAAAAGGAUUGAAUAUUGAAACAAAAUUACAUCAUAUUUGUCCUACUUGUCCUCAAUUAUUUAAAGUUACAAAAUCACCAACAUAUAAACCAAAGACAAUAGAUAUAUUUCAAGUUGAAUUAGCAGAAUUAGGGGGGCAAAUGUAUAUAAAACUUUUUGAUUGUGAAAAUAUAAUAUCGCGAGAAAAAAUAAUUCGAGAUGUGUUUUCUUCACAUCGAGCCAAUUAUCCUAUCUGGCCAUUUCUGGAGUUUGCUUUAACUGCCCUUCAUUUCUUAGAUUAUUGCACAUAUGUACCACCAAAAGGUAGUUGUGGUAUAGCUGCUUAUAUUAAUACAAUUGAUGUACAACAUACUCAAGUAAAAUUUGAAUAUAUUAAAAAUCCAAGUCAUCAUGUAUUAUCUUUAACACAUCGUAAUGCAGAAUCAUUGCAAAUUCUACAACAAUGGAAUAUAGCUGCACUUUAUGAAAUUACUAGUUGGACAUCUGAUAUGAUUAAAAUUAAAGCAACUAAAAUUAUACCAGGCCAAAAAAUUUUAAAGUUUUGUUUAGAAGUUGAAAAAGAAAUACCUUGGGAAUGGGAUUUCUUAAGUAUUAAGCCAAGUGAACCUGCUAAAAUUGCAUUAAAUGCUGUUUGGGGAUACUCUGAUACAGCUAAAGGUAAAUGUAGUGGAUCUUCAAUUACAUUAAAUUUACUUGGUGAAAUUAGUGAAAAUCAAUUAGAAAAUGCUAAAAUAUCACAAUGGCCUUAUGAAGAAUGUCGAAUACAGUCUGAAGGAAAACGUUUUAUUCCAUUUUCUGAUGCUUGUUAUGAAGUUUCAAGAGAAUUAUCAACCUUAAGAAAAUAUCAAAUUAUUGCACAAUAUGAAAAUAUACCAGAAAAUAUAAUGAGAUUAGCUUGGAAAUUUCGAGCUUUGUAUGAUUUAAUAGGAGGAAAUAGUACUUCAGAUUCCAUUUCUAAGAAAUUUAAUGUGACAGCAAUAUUUCCAAAAAAAUCAGAUACUGGUGAAUUAUCACUUAACAAUGAUAAAAUAAUAAUUGAAUACAAUUAUAAUCUUAUAGAUUAUUUUUUAACUCGAACUAGAAUUCAUAAAUAUAUAGAUUUAUCUAUUUCAAAAACCUUUUUUGGGACAUGUAUUGUGACACCUGACUAUAUAAGAUCAAUUCACAAUGUCACUUAUUCUUUUCAUGACAAGCCUGAAGUUCUAUUGCUUGGUCAUUGUUAUAGCGAAAAUCCAAAGUAUGCAUUAACAGCACGAAAUGAUUUAUAUGGUAUUAAUAUUAAUAUAUAUGAUGAAAUAGAUACAGUACGAAUCAUACCUAAUCAAACUGGAGGAACAUUGUAUAAUAAUACAAUGUAUAUUCCAUUGCCACAAAACUUCAUAUUUCACUCAUUAGGUUCAAAAAGAGUAAGAUUGGAUGAUAAUACUAUUGAUAUUAUAGUUCCUAAUCUCUAUUUAUAUAUGCAUUGGACUCAAGAACAAAUUCUUUUGUUUUUUCCAACAUAUUUAUUAGAAUUUAGUUGUGGUUUAUGUGUAUUAGACUUUCUUGAUAUUAAUAAUUUAUAUGAAAAAUUAUAAUUUAUACAAAAAACUAAUAUUUUAUUUAUAAAAAAUGGAUUUAAUAUAAGGAAUUUAUGUUGAUAUAUAUAUAUAUAUAUGUAUAUUUAUUUCAAUACUCAAUAUUUUAAAUAUGUUUAUUAGAAAUUUUUGUUUCUAACAAAUAUAUAACUAUAAAAAAAUUAAAAUUAAAAAAUUGUAGAAAAUUAUAUUACUAUUUACAAAUAUAUAUUUUUUAUAUUUUUUAAAAUAUAAAAUGUAAUAAAUUUAAUAAUAAAGAUAUUGUAUCAAGAAUUUAAAAAUUAAAAUGAAUAGUUCAGAU